AUGGCUAGUACAAGCUUGACGGCUUCUUACUUGACGCCUGACCCAAGCUUCAAUUGGUUUUUUCUCCUGGAACUCAUCGUUUCUUGCAUUUUGGUAUUAUUCUUUCUGCUCUACUUCAAUCGACUAUUCGCGACUCUCCUAUCAUACGGAAUCCGAGCAUACACCUGGCAUUAUUACCGCGCAUAUGUUGACAUAAAUGCUCUUCAAGUUUCGCUUCUAGGUGGAAGAGUGUUCUUCAAGGGAAUUCGAUACCAUGGGGUAAAUGAGACGAUUUUCAUUCAUGGAGGGUUCAUAACAUGGCGGUAUUGGAAGCGCAACGUAGAGAAAACCAAUCUCUCGAGUGCUUCAGGAGACCAAGAUAGCUUGAAUGAUUCUGUAGACACCUCAGAUUUCAGCAAUGAGAAUGGCGGUCUUCGUGAUCCAGGCGGUGCAGCUAAGGUGACUGAGUUACCUUGCCGAAUAGCACUCAAAGCAUAUGGACUCGAAUGGUUCAUUUACAAUCGAACUCCCGCUUACGAUAACAUUCUCGCUGGUUUCGGCUACACUAAGGGCGACAAUUUUGAGAGUGAUGAGGAUCUAGGACGGACAUCGUCAGUCUCCCCUGAGACGCAACCGAAGCACCAGCAUACCGAACGAAUGGGAACUGUGCAUAGAACAACGUCUAGUUCUGGAAGUGCUUCUACGAUGAGUGAUAGAGGGGCCCAAACUCGCCAACACACCGAUAUGCGCCACUCUGAGCUCUCACAAACGGUGUCAAAUAUGCUCGAACUCCUGCCGUUAAAGCUAGACUGCCGAAAAGGUGCAAUUGUGAUUGGAAACGAGAAUACAAAAUCUGUCCUGACGACUACUUUCGAUAACGCAACGGGGAUCAUUGCCGCUAGCAAAGCCGGGCCUUUAGACUUGUACCGACAGCUCCUGUCCUUCCAAAUCGACCACCCAGUCGUUCAGAUGCGGCCAAAUCCCGACUUCAAGCAAACUCAACAGGCAAUGGCAAAAUCUUUGGGGGAUGACCGUGAGGACGAGCCUCUGUUAAACCAGAGACGAGGCAAUCCCUUUAGCUACCGAUUCCAAAGGCGCAAGCUCUGGCAUAGUAUUCGCGAUUUAGUCCCUUAUUUCCAGAGCUCCGUUGAAUCAUUUCAUAUCGGCCGCAAGCCGAGCGAUAACCUGCCAAGAAGCCAAGCAGAAUUCCCCGAAGUUCAUUGGACCGGUCUCACACGAUAUCUAGAUGAAGCCGAUGGAGAUGACCAUGAGAUAUGGAACUCUGUCGAAUAUGCUAGAUUUUCUACUAUUCUUGAUAGUCCAAGCUUGGAAGUGACGUAUUUCUGGGAUAUUCCGGGUCGUGUCGUACCUCAAGAGUUGGCCACGAUCGAGAAAAGAGACAAUAACGUGAAUCAAGCGCUACCACCGGAAUGGGGCAUUGAUAUCAAGAUCAGUAGUGGAGUCCUCAACUAUGGCCCAUGGGCGGACAGGGAGCGUGUCAAUUUACAGAAUGUCUUCUUUCCCAACUUCUACCGCAGUUCGGAACCUGCAGAACAGCUUGCACCGGGUGCAUUGAGGCAAAGCGUGGUUUUCAAAUUGCGAGUGGAAAUAAGCGACGAGCUCACGCUUCGUAUUCCAAUUCGGGAGCCAUCCAAAGACUGGCAGUGGAAAGGCCGUGCAGAUGCCAUUGGAGGGGUGAAAAGGGGUCAUUCUGGCCCUGAUAUUCGCCCCUUUGGCUGGAUAUCCUUGCGCAUGGGCCCAGAUUCAACCGUUAACUAUGUCAUGGACAUGGUAGCAUCAAAGUUAGGGUUUCAGAAUGAGCUUUCCUGCGACCUACGAGGAGCAAGUUUAUCUUCCAGUGUCAAUCAUGGAUUGAUCUAUCAAUGCCCGCAGCAGAUAGUCACAUGUGAUUUGUCCAAUCCUCUCUGCUGGAAUAGCCUUCGGUCGUGGAGAUUCACUAUUGAAAGCAAAGACAUGGAGCUGUUCCUUCUUCGUGAUCACGUUUUUCUGAUGACAGAUCUCAUAAGCGACUGGGCAUCAGGGCCGCCCUCAGAUUAUUACACCUUUGUCCCGUUUAUCUACAACAUCGACCUUGUCUUCUCAAAUCUGCAGCUCUUCGUGAAUGUAAAUGAUCGCAACAUUAUUAGCAAUCCCUCGGAUCUUGAAGAUAAUCGAUUCAUUGUUAUCAAGGGCAAGAAGCUGACAUCAAACGUACUGAUUCCAUUGAACAAAUACAAACCGGAGCAAAAUGCGGUCGAGUUCAGCGUCAAUCUCGAAGAUGGUGGUGUGAACUACUUGACUCCUUUGUGGGAUACGCUUCAUUCUUACCUGCCGGUAAAGUCAAUGGCUACCCUAGACACUGUGUACAUUGAUGGAUCAUACAACUAUUUUCUCUCGACUGCUCCAGAUUUGACAGAUACCUUGGUGCUGAAUGUUAGCGGAGUUUCCCCUCGUCUCUAUCUUUAUGGAGUCUUGAUCAAAGCCUUCAUGGGCGUCAAAGAAAAUUACUUCAGUGAUGAAAUGCAUUUUAAGACUCUGGAGGAGUAUCGAGAGCUGGCCUACGCCAAGGAGCCACCGUUGAAUUCCACAGGGAUUAAUCCGAAUCGAAAAUCAAAUGACAUGGAUGUCUUGGUUCGUGUUACGGUUGACAAUCCAUGCGCUCUACUCCCAGAGAGCAUAUAUGAGAAUUCUAAAUGUUCAAGGCUACGCGCGGCUUCGCUCGAGGUGGACCUUCGAUUUACGAACUACUACAUGGACAUGCACUUCUCGAUUAGCCCGUUGAAGGUAGACCUGCAAUCGAUUCAACCUGAUGGCACCACGUUUAUAUCAGGACCGCAACUUUUUUUUGACGGAGUCUCAGUCUACGGUCAUCGUCUUUUUGGAUUACCCCCUGAUGAACCAACCUACAUUUGCAAUUGGGACUUUGAAGUGGGAAAAAUACUAGGAGAGUGUUCUCCAGAAUUCUUGUCAUGCCUGGGAUCUGGCCUCAAAAGCUUUGAUUUUUCGUUUGAUAACGAGGAGAACACACUUCAUCCACUGGUUCCUCCAGUGCUCUACGAUGUAACAUUUCUGAGAGCUAAAGUCGAUUCGAUCCAUAUCUCGAUAUUGCUAGAGCAAGUUGCGCUCGUCUUCAGCUCUAAGCCGCUGAGCACUAAGUUCAACGACUGGGCCAAUACCAAGUUUUCCAAACGUAUGAGCCUGCUUAUACCUGACAUAACCUUUGCUGCAGUGGAUCGGCAAGUUGUGGGUCAAGCUCUCCGAUCGUCCAAGAAAACAGUGACUCCUUUAGGCAUUUUACAACUGACUGUUGGGCUCAAGAUGGCCGUGCGCAGGGAAGACAUUGCAGAAAGCCGGCGCCUGCAACAGGAGCAUAUCAGAAUUCACGACCAAAGAACCCACCGAGCACAAUGGUUACUAUCUGACUGGGACGAGGUUGCCCCCACUUCUUUGCUUCAUCCUAGUGAGAACACACCGCCUAACAUGGCUAUACCCUCAAUGCCCGAGCCCAUUCAUGGGAAAUUCAGUUCAGUCAACGCUCCCUCAUAUCGCGGAUUUUCGGCGACUCAUGCUGCUGCCAGCUCGAGGAGUUUUCUUGUGCGCUCUGAAACGCCAAGCCUCAAAAGUACAAAGAGUCAGGGCAAAAGCAUUCCCCGGCCUGCGUCAACCUCAAACUCAGAUUCGACACGAAAAAGACCUAGACCACCUACCAGAGAUGCAAGUAGGUCCACACUGAAAACCAACCGAGUCAAGGAUAGUGAGAGUUUCAAAUCCAAGGCUGGUCUUUAUUCAUUAGCGGCAGUCAGGGAUGCAAACCCUUGGAUAUUGCCCCAGUUCUCUUACUACGAGCUAUCAUUCGAUACUUCGGAGCUUCCCUCGUCAAGCAGCAGCAAUUCCAGUUCACCAAAGGAUGAGGAUACUGAUACCCACAGGUCUAUGUUUUUGACUUUUGAGGAUGAUCAAACAACACAUACCAACCUCUCCUUGAACCUGCCUUUGGGAAUUAGGGGGUACUUAACUCCGCGAUUUCUUUUCAGCUUGUCCGCAUUGCUAGAUGGGUUUGAACCCAAGCACCCACUCCAAAUAAUCGACUCUCUCCAGAAAGAUGUCAUUUCCGAUAUUGUGGGUUACGAAAAGUCCAUAAACCAGCCAAAAAAAGCAUUAGCCGUUGCUCUCCGCAUACCGUCCAUUCAGCUAAAACUGGUCGAUUUUUCCGUGUCUCCCAACGAUAGACAGGUUGAAUUCCGAGAUGAGUACCGCAUUGAAGUUCAUCACCUUCGGACUGAAUUCCAAAGACGGGUCGAGCGUCAUAAGAAUGAUCUUCUUGAAGGUGUCAAGCAAGCCAUGACAGUUCAUGCUGCUGCUAAGCGGCUCUCAAUUGUCGUGGAAGGCAGUCGGCCAGACACUUUUCAUGAGAAGGCUGCCUUCAAUUGUGACCUUGAAGACCUCAAUUUCUGGUUGGUCACUACACCCAACAUCCGCUUCCAUGUGCAGAUGCGAACCUUCAAUACUGUCACAUCUGCGAAAUCCGUUGAAAGACUGGCUUUUCUCGUCCGCCGAGCUACCACCAUGUUUGACUCGGUUGCAUCGUCUUUCCAACAUGUCUCGACUCUGAGUACACGGCGUUUGCGGUUCCUUAUUUUCUUUGCUACCCAAUCGGCUGCUCACAUACCGGACCCGAUUUUCUUGGCCCGCAUCUCGAAUGUACUUAGAGUUGCUUCAGCACAUCUUCGACAACAUGAUUCUUGGAAGAUUAUCUCUCGCAUCCGCAAUAUCUACAAUAGCCUACCAGCGAAUCGCAAAUGGGAGUUGCAGCAAAACUGCCUGGGUGACAACCCCCUUUGCCGCCUAAUGCUAAGUCAUUUAAUCUGGUCAUGUUCUCAGCCUGAUCAGUCGGAAGCGAAACCUUCUCUAGCUGUUUCGGGUACAAUUCAGACCUUCCGCUUUUCUUUGGACCCUGGGCCCAGGGAAAGUGAUUUCAUUAUCGAGAAUUUGUCGUCGUUCACAUCGGUUGUCCCAGAACAUAUAGUCCAAGAUGGCGAUAGAACAAAGCUUAAGGAGCUUGUUACUGUUCAGGCGUACUGUUCUUCUGUAACUCUGCGCCUGCGGUGGGAAAUUAUGGAUCUCAUUGAGGGCAUGAUGAAGAUCAUGUCGAGUGUCACUCUCGAAUCUUCUCCAGCCCAGCCUUCCGUCGAACAAGAACCAAAGGAGCCAUUGGAAUUGCAAAUUGUCUUCGGUACAGACUUGGGAUCAAUCACUCUCGAUGGCAUCAAUAUCAAGCUUGUAUUGUUCUCGAGAGCUCUGCGAGCUUCAAUCGUUCAUACCUCCGAUGUUAUGAAGAAGACACAGAACAAAAGCCUUGCUGUCCUGCUAGCUUCGGAAGCCUGCUCAUCUGAGCUUUCAAGUCAAUCAAGACCAUUGAUGCUAUCUAAAAUUACCGACCCAUCCUUAUACUUCUCACUUGUCUCCCAAGAGACCCAUUCAGAGUGCAUGCGUGACUGGAAAGUUUCUGGUUCUUGCAAGAAGCUCCGUUAUGACGUUAAAGAAGACCCAGUCAGCCUAGCACACACAGUUGAUCGUCUAAUCGAGGACGAAAUUAGGUAUAUUCAAUAUCUCGCCAACAAUGCCAACUUUCCAAAGGCCGAGUCUGAACUUAAGCCACCUUCGAAAAAGCCAGCUCGUGACAGCAUUCACAUGGCUAUGUUCCUGGAUGACUAUCGGUUAAGCUUCAAUCUUUUACCAUCCUUGGUCUAUCUGGUGUACGGGGAUGUAUCCCGGAUAUCGGUCAUGCCCACUGCAUUCUCCAAAAUCCAGGUUGACUUUGACGUCAAGAAGACCUACCACAGAUUCAUGUCUAGUAAAAAGAAUGGACGUGAUACUCUGUCAGUCAUGGAAAUCCCGUCCCUCAAUGGUCGUAUCCUUGCAAAUAUUUUGUCUGAUCGCAAAGAGUUCGAGGUUGACAUAACAAUUGAAGUUAUUCGUCUAGAGGCCAGCGCUGUGCGAAGCCUAUUGAGCGUAUUGGAGGGGCCUGAUGUAUCACAUCUCAUUUCUGAUUUGAAGCAGAAUGUGGAUGUUCUUCAGUCUCGUCUUGAAGACGUACUAUCGUUACAGAAGGUAAAACCAAAGCCAAAGUCAUUUUCGGAGGAGUCAGUUGUUCUGUACAAAUCGCGCCUAACAAUGGCUGGGCUUGAGAUCCAUGCCAUUGCGCCGGGUUUGAACAAAAGGAGCUAUUCAGCAGAGAUGAUUUUCAGUCUCGGUAUAAUGCAGAUGCGACUGCAGAAUGGCCUCGACCGCGGCUAUUCGAUGGAAUAUCCGGAGUUUAGCAUUGACGCCUGUCAAAUAAACUUCGAAUUACGUAGGUUGGAGAGAGGCAAAGCCACACCUUUUGGUGGUUUCUCGGCCGGUGUCAAGCUCUUGGGAACUACAACAACAAGCGAUAAUGGGGAAGUUGCAAGAUCUUAUCAAUUCACUGUCAAAAAGUUCGACAUUGAGCUCUUUGCUGAGACAGCCGCUCUGGUGGUGGACAUUGCCAUCUACACACAAGAGCGUAUUAAGACCUUGGAUCUGUCCCACGAAGUCCAACGCAUUCGGAGACUUCAUCGUAACAAUCACAGUGAUUCACAUAACUCUGAGAUACCUCAGAUCAACUUGAACGACGAUGCUGCACCUCAGAACUUUCUCGAUGCGUUGUUUUCAUUAAACUUCUUCGACAUUCAGGUUGCAUGGAACAUGCCGAAAUCACUAUCAGGCAACCAUGUUCGUCAACCUGAAGAUCUUGUCUUCUCGAUUCAGCAUGUCGAACUCUCGAACAAAAAGAAGAAUGCAGCAAAACUUCGAAUUGACAACAUGCAGCUGCAGAUGGUCCCAUUCCGCGCUGACAGAAAGAAGCGCUCUCUCACAUCUGCUCUCAUGCCAGAACUGGUUUUCAACAUUGCAUAUUUCUCUAGUAGAGAAGAGGUGCGGCUUGCUUUCCAGGCUGCUGGAAAGUCACUAGAUAUUCGUGCAACAUCUGAGUUCAUCCUUCCAGCUAACAUGAUUCGAAAUUCUAUUGCAUCUGCAACAGAAGCUAUCCGAGAGGGCAAGGCCGCCUGGGCUACUAACCCAUCACUUGAUGACGACACAAAACCCAACAAAGACCGUGGUCUCUUUGCCAAGAGGCGCGUUCGAUCUGUCCUUGUGGAUGUUGACUUUGCCGGUGCUACUGUCUCUCUCCAAGGAAACCAAGGGCAGGUUCCCCAGACUUCCAUGACAGCCAAUCUGAAUAGUAGUCGACUAUCAGAUGUUAAGUAUGGAGAGUACGUUCACGGCGAGUCUGCAACUACAGUAACUCUGCGGGCCCCAGGUGUUGCGCUGAAAGUUCAAUUUGACGACAACGGGACUGAUGACCCAGCGCUCAACGCUGAGCUCAAAAUCAGCCCAUCUACCAAUGUGCUCUAUCCGACUUUUGUUCCAUUGGUCAAGCAGAUGACGGCAACAGUCAAAGAGAUAAUGGGGGAGCAACAAACCCGGCCACGAUGCCCAUCUACUCCGAGCAAAUUGCAGUCACAGAAACCCAAACAAGGGACUGCAUUCGGGGCACAGAAUCCAAACAACAUUCUUGGAAGGUGCAAAGUCAACCUUGGAGUGUUGUUCUGCCAACAAGCAUUCACUCUCAGUUGUCAACCAAUUGCUAGAGUGGCUGCUUCGGCUAAGUUUGAGAGUGUCUAUGUCACUGUUAAUACAGUCCAGUCAAGUGAAGGGCGCUUCCUUGCCCUUUCUAUGGCUUUCAACAACCUUGAAGCUUCGAUAAAGCAUGUGUACUCCCACGAGUCCACCGCAAGCUUUGAACUCAAGUCUGUUGUAUUGUCGCUGAUGAACAGCAAGCAUCUUGGUCUGAAAAGUGGAAUGUCGGUCAUAUUACGUGUGAGCCCCAUGAAAGUCUGUUUGAACGCCAAGCAGGUCCAAGAAUCUUUACUAUUCAAGGAAAUCUGGCUUCCUCCCGAUGAAGAGCCUCAAUCUAGCGCUGAACUGCCGCCAGAACAGCCGCAGCAGCCCGAGGCGCAGGCGCAGGCGCAGGCCGACAUUGUACGACGAUACCAGAAAGUUUCUGCGGCAUCCGCAUUCCCCUGGAACACGACCAUUGCCAUUGAGAAGCUGGAUGUUCAGCUUGACUUAGGCUCUACACUAGGCAAGGCCCAGUUUGCCAUUGACAAUCUAUGGGUUUCGUCCAGCAAGACCUCUGAUCGUGAGCAGAGCAUGUGCAUCAAUUUCGAUGCCAUUUCAGCUGGGAGCAAGGGUCGUAUGAGUGGCAUUGUGGAGCUACGCACUCUUAAAAUUCGUACCUCGAUCAAAUGGCCCGAGGUUGCCCGAGAGAAUGGGCAUACACCACUCAUCCAGGCCUCAAUCGCAAUUGCCCAUCUUCAGGCGAAUGUGUCCUUUGACUAUCAACCCUUCCUGGUAGCUCAUAUUGCCAUGUUCGACUUCUUGAUGUACAAUGUUUGUGAUGCUUCUGGCGAACAGAGCGAGCGACUUUUCAGUACCCUGGAGGGUGACAAGGUUCAGGUCUUCUGUACCUCCUUGACUGCCUCACAAGCGCUGGCAUUAUUCCAAGCUUGGCAACGCCUGGUGCAAGACAAACAGGCAGCAUACGAAGCCUCUCUUAGGGAGAUAGAGCGAUAUCUCCGCCGUAAGUCUUCUGUGGGCACUGACCGGAUCGAGGCUAGAGCUAAGCCGCGGGCCAAGACUGACGAAGAGAUGGAGGUCUCCAAUAUCUCGCUUCACACCGAAGUUGUCGUGAGCAUCCGCCAUGUCAACUUGGGAGCGUUCCCUAGCUCGUUCUUUGACAACCAAAUUUUCAAGUUGGAAGCCCACGAUGCUCAGGCACGAUUUGGAGUCUCAGUUGAAUCUGAUAAGAAGAUCCACACCGCCUUGGGUCUUACUUUGGGUCAACUUCGUGUAGCUCUCUCAGCCAUCAACCGGCCCCCAUCCGCCAGUCUUGAUGAGUUAUCUGUGGAGGAGAUCGCCCAGCGCGCUGUUGGGUCUCGCGGUGGAACUAUCCUCAAAGUACCUCGGCUUGUAUCUGGCAUGGAAACCUGGCAAGUUUCCGGCAGCCGCCACAUUGACUACAUCUUCCACAGCACGUUUGAGGGCAAGGUGGAUGUGGGCUGGAAUUACUCACGUAUCAGUUUCAUUCGUGACAUGUGGGAGACACACUUGCGAGCUCUGGCAACGAGACUUGGUAAACCGCUGCCACCAUCUGCAGUGCGUAUCACAGGUGGUCCCGGCAGUAGCUCCGAAAGUGGUGGCGCAGGACCCGAACAGCAAGAAAAGAUCACAGCCGUGGUCAAUGUGCCACAGUCCAAGUACACCUACACAGCAUUGAAACCACCAGUCAUCGACACACCACAACUACGGGACAUGGGAGAGGCCACACCACCCCUAGAGUGGAUUGGAUUACAACGUGAUAAGCUACCUAAUGUCACACAUCAGAUCAUUAUUGUUACCCUGCUGGAGAUUGCCAAGGAAGUGGAAGACGCAUAUGGAAAGAUUUUGGGAGUUUGA